AUAUGGCCUGCAUUUCACUGGCAAGGCCACCACACAUCGCGCACAGGGCGCGCGUGCCAUCGCUGGGCGCGCGUGCCAUCGUAGGUUAUGGCAGGCUGUGUACGGCAAACGAACAUGGCCAUCGUGGCAAUCGGCUGAAGAGGGCCCGCCUCCCGAGGGAGAGGGCACAACGUGCCAAGGCGGGCUCAGAACGAGGCUAUUCUGGCGAGUAGGCGCCUGCACACGUAACGUCGUCCAUGCACGUACGCUGUCUGAUCAGCAGCAUCUAGACAGCAGCAACAACCGUAGACAGUUCUGACGGGUAAGAUCGCGUGCCAUUUCCUAGCAUCAGUUAGAGUUUAGGAGUGAUCGAACAUAAAGCAAGCUUUCAGAGAAUGAGUUCUACAAUAGUGAACCAUUGAAUACUGUAGGGCUGUUGUCAUCGAAUAAUAGCCCAUGGUCAUGCACAGGAUGAGAGGACUCUGGGAUGGUUCACCUUAAUUAUAUUGCAUUGCGUUUGCGAGCAGUAUCGCGGACCAAACGGUUAUUACUAAGAUUAUGUGACAGCAUGGGAGCGGCGGGAAGAGUGUUGGAGCUUCGGACAAUCGUCUUGCUUGCACUCUGUCCACACGAAUCACUGACAAACUGGAAUGACUGGUGGACGUACGAAGGCAUUUCAGGUCCGGAUUUCUGGGGCAAACUGAACCCAGGACUGUGGGGCCUAUGUAGCACAGGUCGACGACAGUCGCCAAUUAACAUCGAGCCACAGAGACUUCUAUUCGAUCCCCAACUGCAGGGCCUGCAGGUCGGCAAGGCUCGAGUGCGCGGAAUCCUUCAUAAUACUGGACAAGGUGUCGUGUUUCGUUUGGACACUCUAGACGGUUCUUCUAGUGCCAAUUUGGCCGUGCAGUCGGAGACCUCUGGUCACAUGGUCGAACAUAUACAGCAUCUGAGCGGAAUCAAAAAUGACAUUGUUUCCUUGGUUAAUAUUAGCGGCGGGCCAUUAUCAUAUUCGUAUCGAGUCUACGAAAUUCAGCUUCAUUUCGGAAGACAUGACCAUCAAGGCUCUGAACAUCUCCUUGCAGGAUUUGCUUUCCCGGCUGAGGUUCAGAUCUACGCGUACAAUAGCGAGCUCUACAUGAACACCUCAGAUGCCCGAAGUCGAGCUUACGGAAUAGCUGUCAUAUCAGUCUUUAUCAAAGUGGCUAAACCGAAAGAGAUAUCGAGUAGAAGUGGCCAGGGCUCCCUGAAGGAGUCAAAAUUAUCAAAACCAAAUCUGGAGCUGAAGAUGCUCACAGAUCAGUUACAGCAUAUCGUAUUCAAAGGAGACAGCGUCCCUCUCAAAGCGUUGUCCAUUCAUGAGCUGCUUCCUCAAACAUCAGCGUUGAUCACAUACGAAGGAUCUCUAACGACGCCUGGCUGCGAGGAGACCGCCACUUGGAUUUUGCUCAAUCGCCCGUUGUACGUGUCGCCGCAACAGCUGGCAAUAAUGCGUAAACUUAAACAAGGUGAGCCAAUAACACCAAUGGCUCCUCUAGGAAACAACUUUCGUCCGCCGCAGCCUUUACAUCAAAGAGAGAUCAGAACCAAUAUUGACCUCUAUCCGAAUCGUGGUAACAGGAAUCGAGAGAGUAUAGCAAACUUUGACGAUACCGAUGAUUCGGAAAACUCCGUAACAACUCACUGUCCUUCUAUGCAAACGAAAAAGUUCUAUCAAGUAUCAUCAGAGCAUCUGGCGAUUAAUCCGAACUUUGUGGACUCGCGAUAAACAGUGGUCCAUCGAACACCAAAGAGAUAAACUUAACAUAUGUGUAAAUCAUAAACAUGAAUCCUUGAGUUUAAAA